ACAACGUGGAAACUUUUUGUCACAAGUAGUGCUGUUCCGUGCCUGAGUGUGAUGGAGGACGCUGAGCCUCUGUUGGCCUCGAGGUCAGAGGAGACGAGGGUUAACGGACACUGCCGAUGGACUCUGGAGUCGAAGGAGGUGGAGGACUUCAGACGGAGGCUCAAGUACUUCUUCAUGAACCCCUGUGAGAAAUACAGAGCCCGGGGUCGCAAACCAUGGAAGCUAAUGUUACAAAUAUUAAAAAUCGCAAUCAUCACAAUCCAGUUGGUCUCUUUCGGCCUGAGCAACGAGAUGAUGGUCACCUUCAAAGACGAAAGUCUGAUGACAUUCAGACACCUGUUCCUCAAAGGAUACGAGGAGCACCGGUUGGGAAGCUAUGCGCUGUACACCAAAGCAGACGUGUACGAUCACAUCCACUACAUUAUCAACAGGUACAUCAAUCUCCAAAACCUGACAGUUGGUAAUCUCGCAUACGGGAGUGUUAACAGGAAGCACACUCCUCUGUGUGUCUGUCAGGAGUUUUACAGAAACAGCAGCAUCGAUCCUGGGAAUGGGACCUUUGACAUUGAUCCACAUAUCGAUAAAGAUUGUGUUUCCAUUUAUCCCGCUCAGCAGUUCGACGACAACGUGGCCACACAUGAGAACUUCUCUUUAGAUUUCAAAAGGCUGCUGUCGGUGAACAUCUACCUCACUCUGAAAACAAUCAACCUGCAGACUGUGCGGCACCACGAGCUACCAGACUGCUACGACUUCCAUAUAACGAUCAACUUUGAUAACCGUGCACACAGCGGAGAGAUAAAGGUUGAUGUUGAGAACGAGGUCAGAAUUUACGAAUGCAGAGACUGGAAUGUGGAAGGAGCUUCUGGCAAGAACGAUUACCUCCUCCUGUCGUUUGAUUCGUUGGUCAUCCUCGCCUGCUUCAUCUCGCUCAUCCUCUGCACGCGAUCCGUCAUCAGUGGCAUCCAGCUCCAGUCUGAGUUCAACAUCUGCUUCCUUGCGUACUACAAUAAGAUCGUGUCUUGGUCCGACCGCAUGGAGUUCGUGAAUGGCUGGUACAUCCUCAUCAUUGUGAGCGACACACUGACCAUCGCUGGGUCAGCACUCAAAAUUGGAAUACAAACAAAGUACCUGACAAACUAUGACGUCUGCAGUAUCUUGCUGGGAACAGCCACAAUGCUCGUCUGGGUCGGCGUGAUUCAUUACUUUGGUUUCUUCAAGAAAUACAAUAUAUUAAUCCUAACCCUCAGGGCGGCGUUCCCAAAUGUGAUCCGGUUCUGCUGCUGUGCGGCCAUGAUCUACCUCGGUUACUGCUUCUGUGGCUGGAUCGUCCUUGGGCCGUACCAUGACAAAUUUCGAACGCUCGACAAGGUGACGGAGUGCCUCUUCUCUCUGAUCAACGGGGACGACAUGUACGCCACCUUCCUGAAGAUGAGGCACGGGGGCUACAUGGUGUGGCUCUUCAGCAGACUUUACCUCUACUCCUUCAUCUCCCUCUUCAUCUACAUGGUGCUCAGCCUCUUCAUCGCUCUCAUAAAUGACACCUAUGAGACCAUCAAGCAUCACCAGCAGGACAAGGUGCCGGUGUCCCAGCUUCAGGCCUUCAUAGCAGAGUGCAGGGACCAGCCUGAGUCUGGAAGAUACCAGACUGGUGAAGAAGCAGCAGCCUGCUGCCUCUCUCCAUGCUGCUGCUUUGGAUGAAGUGAGCAAAAUGGCGGCGUUCACCUUUGCCAAGUGUGACCAAAGAGUUACAUCGUGAGAAUGAAUAAUGUUCAAGGAGUACCGACCGUCCGCAUGGAUCAUUUAAUUGUACUGAAUCGUGAUGAGAAUGCCAGAAUAUGUUUUUACUCAAAUAUAAUUUCUUUGACUUGUUUUGUUACUUGAAUUGCUCAACACUAUUGACGUAAAAUGACCAGUUAGUUUUAUGCUCACCGGUGCAAUAACCUGAUGGUAGACAUUUCAAUAUGAAUAUGCAUUUACAUCUCCUCAGUGCAGUGAUGCAUUCAAACAUGCUUUUCAACAGAGGAGUACUAACAGCGCACAGUAACUCAGCUAUGCGAGUCUUGUUUACAAGCACUUGAACAGACUAUUUAAUUAGAAAUUAAGAAGUGAAAGUAGAUGAAGUUCA